AUGAAGAUUGAAAUUCAUUUGUUCUGGGCUGGUAAGGGGACCUGCUGCAUACCUAAUCAAGAUUUUAAACCAACUGUUUCUGAGAUUCUACCAACUACUCCAGGAAAGAAGAGCAUGACAGGGGUGAUUGUUGGCGUUGCAGUCUCUGUCGGAGUUGUGAGCUUGCUAUUAAUAUUUGCAGUUUUAUAUUUGACGAGAAAAAUACCAGACAAGGAUGACGAUGAAGAACUUCAAGGAUUAGACCCACGACCAAAUACAUUCAGUUAUAGUGAGUUAAAAGCUGCAACAGGAGAUUUUAAUCUUUCAAAUAAACUAGGGGAGGGAGGAUAUGGCGCCGUUUACAAGGGCAUACUUUCUGAAGCGAGGUUAGUGGCUGUGAAGCAACUUUCAGUAGCAUCUCACCAAGGGAAGAGUCAAUUUGCAGCAGAAAUUGCUGCCAUAUCUGCAGUGCAACAUCGCAAUCUAGUGAAACUGUUUGGAUGCUGUGUUGAAGGAAACCAGCGAAUUUUGGUUUAUGAAUAUCUUGAAAACAAGAGCCUUGAUCAGGCACUUUUUGGAAACAGCUUGCAUCUUGACUGGCAUACCAGAUUCAAUAUCUUGUUGGGAACAGCAAGAGGACUUGCCUAUCUUCAUGAGGAGUCGAGGCCAAGGAUAGUACAUAGAGAUGUCAAAGCCAGUAAUAUUUUGCUUGAUGCAGACCUCUCCCCAAAAAUAUCAGAUUUUGGACUGGCAAAGCUUUAUGAUGAUGAGAAAACCCACAUCAGCACCCGAGUUGCAGGGACAAUGUAA